CAAGAUGGCUGCGUUUGGGUGUUGUGGCCACUGAGUGCGUGUUGUUGCUUUUAAUCCUCAAUAAUUCUAAUAAUACCCCCAAACAAUCAUCAGAAAACGUCGAGCAUCAUUCACAGCGUCAAAUUAAUUAAUACCCAUUGUGACAGAUUAAUCCCGACGAUCACGUGUGUGACACCUCCUGGCGUGUGUUGUAUACUGGAAAACAAUGCUAAAAACACAUCACCAACAACACGAGUAAAUCACGAAUAUCGAAUACAACCCAGUCGAUAACACUGGAGAAAGACGUCGGAGCGACGGAGGAGGGGGAGAUGUCCGCCGGCACCCAGGGGGAGAUUCGGGUCGGUCCAUCGCACCAGGAGUUGGUUUCUUGCCAGGCCCGUUUGCCUGAGUACCGGCCGGGCGUACCAGCAGCUGAUCUCCAACCCGAUCCUGAAUUUAUUAAGGAAAGAGAGGAAUUAAGAUGGAUACCAGCAAUGUCGUUAGACGGAGAUCUCGUCAUGUACCUGAGGGCUGCACGCUCAAUGGCAGCUUUCGCUGGUAUGUGUGAUGGAGGCUCACCAGACGAUGGUUGCGUUGCAGCAUCCAGAGACGACACAACAAUUAACGCACUCGAUAUUCUUCACGAUUCUGGAUAUGAUCCUGGCAGAGCACUCCAAGCACUCGUCAAGUGUCCAGUACCCAAAGGCAUUGAUAAAAAAUGGUCCGAGGAAGAGACUAAACGCUUCGUCAAAGGACUCCGUCAAUUUGGCAAGAAUUUCUCUCGCAUUCGCAAAGACCUAUUACCGCACAAAGACACACCUGAGCUCGUUGAAUUCUAUUAUCUGUGGAAGAAAACCCCAGGUGCUAACAACAAUCGUCCCCACAGACGUCGCAGACAGGGAUCACUCCGUAGAAUUCGCAAUACCCGUAAUUCACGCGCUGGUACUCCAAAGGAGGAGGCACCAGCCCCCAAAGAAUCAACACCCCCAAACACGACGAGCGCUAAAGAGACGACAAACGAGCCCGAGACACCGCCAGUCGGUGCCUCGGCAAGCUCAAACACAACAACGACUAAUAACAAUAAUAAUCCUGGUGGUGAGGUAAGUUCUGUUACCGAGGACGACAAUUCGGAGGAGGACAGUGAUUCACGCGAUACGAAUACCAAUGGUUCGGCAUUUGAGAGAUCCUGUCAGCACUGUUUUUCAACAACAUCAAAGGAUUAUCAAGUCGCUGGUAAAGAUCGUCUACUUUUGUGCUUAGAAUGUCGUUCGCACUUGAAGAAAACUGGGGAAUUGCCCCCAGCCCAGCCCUAUCUGUUUCGUCCGGUACCAGCCGAAUCACCAGACAGUCCCGGUAGAAUGCGAACGCGUAAUAAAGCUAAAGAGACACCGAGGCCGUCGCGUCCACGUCGUAACGGUGGUACUGAUACACCAGAUCAAGAUAAGCAGGAGAAAGUAGCGUCAACCAAUCAAGCAACCCCAGACAAGAAGAAAAAAACAAAUACACCAGCAAAAGUGGAGACUCCAAAGAAGGGCCAGAAGAGGCCCCAGGAAGAGCCUGAGGAGGAUAAGGAUAAUCAGAAACGUAAGAGGGGAAGUCCUGAUAGCCCGUCUGAGUCACUCACCACUGAUUCUAAUUCAUUGAUGGAUGAGCCCGAAAGGGAGAAUGAAAUAGAGACGAGUGAGCAGCCACCAGUGCCUGUUGUUCAGGAGGAGUCAGCAUCACCUGUUGAGAAUCAGCAGGAGGAGAGAGAGCAAACUGAUACCAUUCCUGUUACAACAGCCCUUCCAAUUACUGUUCCUACGUUACCUAUCAAUGUUCCUGUUAUUCAUACUAUCGAUAAAAAACCAAUGAUCGAUGAUAUGCCGGAAAUUAAGACAGAGCCUGAAGAGACAAGUAUCAAUAUGAAACAGCCACUUCCUUUGAAGUUGGAGCCAGUGCCAAGUGAGCCAGAAAUGUCUCCAGUUAAGGAAGAGCCUAAUGAGCCUGAACAACAGCAACACUUGGUUACCUCCCAAUCAAUGGGAAUAAGUGACUUAUCCCAGAAUAUCCCGAGAAAUUUAUCUCAAUCAUUGAACAAUCCAGUUUUGAUGGCACCUGGAAUGCCCCAGAGCCUUCCACCAGUUUCAAUUCCCCAACCACCCCAACAAAUUCCCCUGAAUAUGCAGUAUCCAGCGCCAGUACCACCAACUCAAAGUGUCCCCCAAAAUCUAUCCCAAUCAAUUCAAAUUCCCUCGAGUAUACCUCCCCAGAAUUUAUCAAAUCACACACCCGAUGUACAACAAUUGGCCCAAAACAUGUCAUUACCACCCCUGAAUCUCAACAUCCCCCAAAAUCUAUCUCAAAUCUCUCAGAUGCCAGCAUCACCCCAACCCCUGGGGCUUACCCUACCACCCCAAGACUCAAGACUUGCUGAUAGACUCCCAGACGAUAGAAUUUCCGAUCGAAGAUUAACGGACAACAGAAUAUCAGAUCGUUUGGAUCCUCAGGAGCCCCAGGAGCGUCCUCCAGAGCCCGGGCUUUUCCAGCCAAUCCAACCAUCGCCAUUAGUGCCACCGGAAAAACCAACGAUCUACAGUCUAGCAUGCACUCCACCCCUGGAGCCUCAGAAUCUGAAGAUCAAACAGGAGAUAGUGCCACCAGAGCCAGAUCCACUGCAGAGUCUGAAGGAGGUGAAGGUUCCUGGUUAUCAGCCAGGUUUUCCUGGUCCAAGUCUCGAUAAUAUAAAGAAGGAUCCUGAUGCCAAUAUCAAACCGCCAACCCCAUCGAAGCAUCAGCAACAGCAUCCACCACCCCAGCAGAAUGUAGGCCAAUCAAUUCAAUCAGUGGCAGCAUCACCCACACCUUCAUUGCCACCGCCACCAACGUCAAUUCCCCAACCAGUGAUGCAUCCGAGUCAACAACCAAGUCCCCACAUGGCCCACACCUUUCAUCCUCAUCAUCCUUUGAUGCAUCACUCGUUGUUCGCUGCUAUGCAUCCUUAUCAUCCUCAUGCCUAUCCUGGUUAUCCACCAGUGGGGACUUAUCCAAGUUUUCCACCGUAUCCAUAUGCCCCAGUGCCACACGCUAUUCCACCACCGAGUCCUCAAAGAAGCCAGGAGUCAACCACAAUGAUGACAGCCCAUCACUCGAGCACAAGCUCCAGCGUAACGACAAGGGAAGAGGGUGAAAAUCUUAUAGCAACACAUCAUCACUCAUCAAGCCUCCACCAAGCAACAACUCUCCAUCAUGACAAAUUACUCAGCAUAUCGUCACACUCCUCUCACAGCCACUCAUCCUCCCACUCGCAGCACAAUCAAAGGACUAAACCAAUGGUGUCGUCCUGUAUGACAUCAACUUCAUCGGUACAUCAUCACCACAGAGCGCCAUCGGGUCAGCAAGCCGGACCACCACCACCAGCACUGGAGCCAAAAAUUGAGGAGAUAAUGGAGCCAGAGCCUGAGGAGCCACCAAGCCCUCGUGGUCCAUCACCAGAGCCACGUAUCGAAGACUCCGAGUGUCACAGAUCUCAAUCCGCGAUAUUCCUCAGACAUUGGAAUAGGGGUGAGAACAAUUCGUGCACCAGAACUGAUCUGAUGUUUAAACCAGUGCCUGACUCGAAGCUUGCGAGAAAGAGGGAGGAGCGCAGUAGAAAACAAGCGGAGAAGGAGCGCGAGGAGAGGGACAGAGCGGCACAGCAUGCGAGAAAAAUGUCAACGCCUGAGAAGCAGCCAGAGGUUUGUAAACCACCGUCGAGGGGUCCAAUGGAGCCAGUGGUAUCACCUUAUGACAGAUACGCUGCGAGACCGGCGUACGCUGAUACACCGGCACUCAGACAAUUGUCAGAGUACGCUAGGCCACAUGCGGCAUUCAGUCCAGCUAGGCAUCCAGCACCACCUGAUCCAAUGCUACAUUACAUGUAUGGGCCUGGGGCUAGAGAGAGAAUGGAGCUUGAGCACAUGGAGAGGGAGAAACGUGAGAGGGAGCUCAGAGAGCUGAGGGAGAGAGAGCUCAAUGAUCGACUCAAGGAGGAAUUAAUGAAGGGCAGUCCCAGGGCAAUGCCUGGGCCCAUUGACGCCCACUGGAUGGAGAUGCAGAGGCGGUAUGCAGCUGCUGGACUUGCACCGGGACCCAGUGGGCCACCACAGGGACUGCAUCAGUUUGGUAUCUAUGGGGCACCACCUGGACCCAGUCAGCUUGAUCGAGAGAGACUCGAGAGAUUAGGGAUACCCACUGGAGGCGGCGGGGGGCCGACGGGGGGAGGGGCUGGCCAUCCUGUUCCGGUACAUCAUCAUGGACAGCUUGAUGAGCGACUGGCUCUGGCUGCCGACCCGAUGGUCCGGCUUCAGAUGGCUGGCAUCUCACCCGAGUAUCAUGCUCACACUCACGCGCAUACGCAUGCGCAUACCCACUUGCACCUACAUCCGGGACAACAACAGCAACAGGCAGCGCAACAGCAAGAGGCGGCUGCUGUAGCCGCUGGAUUUUCCCUGCCUGCUGCUGCCAGCGCUAAUUAUCCGAGACCUGGGAUGAUGCCCAGAGAUCCAUCCCUUGGUUUACAUCCAGCUGAACUCCUGGGGAGACCCUAUGCUGAUAUGGCUGUUCAUCAUGAACAGCUUCAGCGUCAUCUCAUGCUCGAGAGGGAGAGAUUUCCACCCCAUGCGUCAUUAAUGCAUCAUGAGGAGUACAUCAGACAACAACGGGAACGUGAACUCAAGGUUCGUGCCCUGGAAGAGGCAGCACGUGGAUCACGACCUUAAUUUACUAGAUCAACGUAAAAAAAAAUUUUUUUUUUGGGAUUGGAAAAAAAAACCCAAGAGUUUCGUACGAUUUCUCCUGGGAAUGAGUAAUAAAAUCAUCAAAAGGGCUGGAGAGCCUCGAACAUAAAUCAAAAAUCAUUCUAUACUGUUGAUUUAAUAGAUAAAGUAUAAACUAGACGAUUAAUAAUUUAAUCGUCGCAGGAGAAUCGAACGAAAUGAUGAAUUUUGCGUUUCCCUUUCAACUAUUUACGUAUGUACGUAUAUUUCGAUGCUGAAAAGAAAAAAUUAUGUACUUCAGUGUCUUGUAAUAUUGUCUAAUGUAAAUACGACAAAGGAGACUGCAUACGAAGUAGAUUAAAAUUUAAGUGAAAACGAAAAAAAGCAAAAAAAUUAUCAAUGAGGGGUCACGGUAGAUUAAUUAAAUAAUUUAAUUAAAUCGCUUAUCCUUUCGUAAAUUUCACUGUUAUUUUAGACUAAUUGUAAAUUCACGGAGAUGAUUUCUUUUUUCAAUAUUAAUUUAUGCAUAAUUAAUUUAAUAAUUUUAUGUUAACUUUAAGUGUGAUUAUAUUGUCUAGGUAAAUUCAAAUCUAGCUCGAGGCAUUUUCGUCGCUCUGAUGAAUUUCAUUAAUUCAUUGCAUGAGACAAUUAGUUGAGAAUUGACGAAAACACAUGAUUUUAAUUUUCAUUUGCAUGAAAAAAAUGACAUUUUAAACAAUUUAAGGGAAAUUCAAUGGAAAUUGUUAACGGGGCUUCAGGGGCAGUAAUUCGUAAUUAGUAAAUGUUUUUAAAUUGAUUUUCGCGAGACGAUAUUUUUGUUUUAGCAAACGUGACCAAAGUUUUUUUAGAAAUUUGUAGGGCAACGUUAAUUGCCUCAUAGAAGCGAAAGAAAAAAAAUGAAUUAUUGACCGGAAACAAUAGUUUUCUUUCUUUCAACUCUCUUCGUUUAUUUUCCCCUGGUUUUUAAUCUAAAGCAUCGUGACCACACGGUUGAGGUGCGUGUACAUUGUAUUAAGAUUAAAAAAAAAAUGAUAUUCUAUGUAAUCUAGUUGUUAAAAACAAAAAAAAAAACGUGAAAGGAAGUAAGUAAAGAUUUCAUACAAA